UAAACCUAACGCCAGUCCACUGUUUUAAAAAGAAACAACACUAUUUUUUUUUUAGUUUGACACGUUGGUUUAUUAUCGGUUAGGUCGUUGGGUUUGUGCUUGUAACUCCUGUAACUCCAAAGGAAAGAAAAGGGCUGGAUCAUGAACUGUGAGGGCAUCAUGAGUCCGAUAUUAAUAGGGUCAUUUCAAUCUAGCAGCAUCCUUCUCGGAAAUCUCAGACUUAAACUACGACACCCGUCUUUAAAUAUCAGGUGACAGCCAUGAACUUUUCCAGCCGAGGGGUUUUUUCAAUCCGAGGGAAACGCGGCAGGGUGUCUUUAAAUGUUGAAACUGCACCUCGCACCUCGCUCAGCGCCGGUGGGGACACCAGUGCGAGCGCAGCGCCGGAGCACCUGUAGCCGUCAGACAAAGGCGCUCCUCUGGGUGAGGGGUGGGGAGGCAAAACCAAACACAGUCUAACAGCAGGACAGGGUACAAAGCCGGUUUGGUUGGAGAAACGCGCGAUGGCUGGCGUGAAAUGGAGGGUUUGAGCCUGGCGAGCGCCGGGGCUGUGUAGCAGCGCACGAGAGCCGAGGUGCAUUUGGAGACCGGCGUGCGGGCAGGGCAGAGGUCCGACAGCGGACACUGGACCCACGGGGCGCUCGCUGGGGCACAGCUGUGCGCCGGGCGGCCACGCCACGGCACGCCUGCGGGCUCCUGCCGCCCCGGGGGGAGAGGGAUGAGAGGGACAUUCGCGGGGCUUCACCGGUGAAAGUUUGGAUCCGGUGGACCUGCGGCAACACAUCGCCCAAGUUUUUAAUCCAGUCAUCCUCGAUUUCGAGCUGGGAGCGAACAAAGGAACCUCUCUCGCCGCUUCUUCGGGUGGACUAUGGUGCUGCAGUAAUGGAAGUGAUCACUUUUCUCACGGGUACCCCUGCGCUUCUUCGGGAGACUGGAACCCCGCAACCAGCAAGGAUGACAAUGGUGUUUACUGCUGCCUUAAACGAUUAGAGCUGACCUGCUUUUUUCUUUUAAGGGUUUUCACAUCGACCGCGCGAAAUUAUACAGCUGGAGGGAAGAAAACAGCCUACAGCUAAUGUGUUUGGAGAUACUGGCUUUCUUGUACCCAAUCAAUACCACACGGUAGUGUUUCUUUCCCACAGAUACGUUGCCCCCCGGGUGUCACAUUACUGACAUCAUUAUUAGUUGGUGUUGAGGGCGAACAAGCUGUUGCGCUUCUUCCAAAUAAACGCGCUGAAAAUGGAUGAGCUCUGAGGGAAGCAAAUCAGCAGGGGAAUCUGCCACCAGCGAAGGGCUUUCAAAAAAGUGAUCUGAGCCGAGCAGGAAGUCCGACUGUAAAAAUGAAACGCCGGUGGUGAGCGUCGAGAGAAAUCGGAGAUCAUGCGGAGCCCGACUGUUGCAACAUAAUGGCUAAUCGGGGCUGCUGCUGCUGCAGUGUGGGGCCGGUCCCCGAAGACACGGCGAGGUUCCUCCUGCUGGCGCUCCUGAUCGUCCUGUACCUGCUGUGCGGGGCCGCCGUCUUCUCCGCGCUGGAGCACCCCAAGGAGAAGCAGGCGAAGGAGCGCUGGGCGCAGCGGCUCGACAACUUCACGCAGAGGUACAACCUCAGCAGGGAGGACCUGGAAAGGUUUCUGCGGCAUUACGAGGAAGCCAACGUCGCCGGCAUCCGGGUGGACAGUGUCAGACCUCGGUGGGACUUCACCGGCGCUUUCUACUUCGUUGGGACGGUGGUUUCGACGAUAGGGUUUGGCAUGACCACUCCUGCCACCGUUGGGGGCAAGAUCUUCCUCAUCUUUUACGGCCUCUUUGGCUGCGCGGCCACCAUCCUGUUCUUCAACCUGUUCCUGGAGCGCCUGAUCACCGUGCUGGCCUUCGUGCUGAAGUCGUGCUACGAGAGGCAGCGGCGGAGGCAGGGGGUGGCGCCCCACGAGCACCGGCGGGACUCCUCCCACUCGGAGGGGGCCGACAGCCUGGCGGGCUGGAAGCCCUCUGUCUACUACGUCAUGCUGAUCUUGUGCGUGGCCGCCGUCAUCGUGUCCUGCUGCGCCUCGGCCAUGUACUCGGCCAUCGAGGGCUGGAGCUUCUUUGACUCCCUGUACUUCUGCUUCGUGGCCUUCAGCACCAUCGGGUUUGGGGACCUGGUCAGCAGCCAGAACAUGAAGUACGAGGACCAGGGCCUCUACAGGUUCGGCAACUUCGUCUUCAUCCUCAUGGGCGUGUGCUGCAUCUACUCCUUGUUUAACGUCAUCUCCAUCGUGAUCAAGCAGAUCCUCAACUGGAUCCUGAGGAAGCUGGAGGUCCGGUGCUGCCCGCGGUGCCCGGCCAGGCGCCUCCGCGCGCGCAGGAACGUGGUGGUGCCGGGGCGACCCCGGAGCCGGCGGAACGUCUCCAUCGAGACGGACGCCAUCAACGAGAGCGAGACCGACGGGCGCCGGAUGUCCGGGGAGAUGAUCUCCAUGAAGGACUUCCUGGCCGCCAACAAGGUGUCCCUGGCCAUCAUGCAGAAGCAGCUGUCGGAGACGGCCAACGGCCACCCGAGGCCCCCGGGCUGCGGCUCCCGGCACAACGGCUUCUCGGGGGGGGUGGGCGCCCUCGCCAUCAUGAACAACCGGCUGGCCGAGACCAGCGUGGACAGGUGAGAGCCGGAGGGAGGCCCCACCUUCUCCAGGGCGCCACCCGAGGUUCUCGACUCGACUGACCGUUUCAGGGGUGAUCCUUCCCCAGAACCACCAGAGUUCCCCUGCCUGUCCUGGACACCUGGGGCAGGGGGAGAUAGGGUAAUAGUUUUACGCCUUGGAAUCAUGCGUUAGUGGCAGUCAGCUGGAUCUAAAAGAUGUCUGAUUGCUGGUGAAAGAGAUUUUGAGUGACAUCAGUUCUCUUCUUCACAGCCAGAUUCACCUCCGAGGAGCAUAAACGGUUACAAAGGACCCUGCAAGCUGCAGGCUACUGCUGAAGAGUUUAUUUCCAUUUGGUUCCGGUGUAGAUGUGACGGAGUAACAGUUUUAAUGUUAUGAACAGUUUGACAACAUAGAUUCUCUCUUGAAAGUGUCAGUUUCUGUUUCUUUGAGAAAACCUUACUUCAUCGAGGCAUCUUAGGCGAGAGAAGUGAAACUGAUUUUUUUUCCAAGGAGUGCCAGUGUUUCUUGAAGAGCCAGAUUGUGCAAAAAUGCAUGAUGUUUGAGCCAAAAUGUUAAUCUCUCAGGCUGAUAUCAAGAGGAUAAGAAGAACAUAUUAGUCUUAAUGUAUCUUAUUUCAUAGUUCUCACGCAGCACUAUCUGUUCUUCUCUGACAUUCUUGGAAAGAAAGCAGAGAAGAAUUGUUCUGUAUGAGAAAGAACCGAUCGGUGCAGUCCACUGAGACACGAGUGUAAACUCCAGGUAUUUCAUAUCUCCAUUAAUAUCUCCAAGGAGACACGAAUAUGAAUCAGGCUGUCCUGGAACAGAUUCAUUUAUUGUUAACAACUUUAUCAUCUUGAGAAAGGUUAAGUGAAAAAUUAAUGUAUUGGUUUCAUGAAGCCACAGAAGGAAUUCUUCAGUUUUGUCAUGAUCAUUUUAAGGUCUCUAAACAAUGUGCAGCAUUAGCUAAAAAUUCCCUUUUCACUUAAUCUCUGAUACGCUAAUGCAAGCGUGACCGCAGUUAUCUUUUCUUACAGGAGUUCUGUGUUUCUGUUCAAAAUUAUAAAUAGGCGAGGGAAGUGAGCUGUCUGCAGUGUAGAUAAACUGACACAGAAGGUUGUUUCAGCAUGUGGGUUCAGAGAGCAAAGCCCUCUUCCUUCAGCAGUGAGAGGCAGAGAAAUAAAACGCAGCUGGUUUUCUUCCCUGGCUAGUUUUUAAUUCUGGACAUCAAAAGACACUGUCCAGGAUGGUAUUGUUAGAAAAAGUAUUGCACUGACACACAUGGGAGAGGGGGCUCCUUCAGAAUGCUUCUCACACACUUGAAGGUGCUGUGAAUUGUGUCCUACUUUGCCAAGAGAAUAUUUAGGAGCAUUAAUUUGUGUCUUCCCUGUUUUCUGGUCAAAUUCAAUGAUAUCUGACUUGGAAAGAUGUAAGAUAACAUUAUCUAUUGAUUGUACAUAGCAAGAAAGGAGAAAAAAGUAUUUUUUAUAAAAUGUCAAAAUAUUUGAAGGAGAGGUAUUUCUAUGGGAUAUCAUUUUCAUACUUGCUCCAGUUGAGAGUUUUGGUAUUGAGCACUGUACCUUUCAUCAUAUUUUAUCAUCUGAGUUGGUUUUAUUAGUGAAGCUGAUCGUACUGUUUACAAGGCAUUUGCUACUGUAUUGCACUUACAGAAUGUAAAUCACUGAAAACUGAUAAAGACUCUUUUAUUUGCA